CUCAAUCAAAGCGAUAUAGAGAAAAUAAUAAGUUAUUGAACAAUAAUAAUGAAAUACCAAAUGAAAUACCGAAUGAAAUAUUAGAACCAAAUAAUCUUGCAGAUUAUAUUUAUGAUCUUCUUGAUUUGCAUUCAAAUUUAAUAAUCACAGACAAUGAUAAAGAAAACGAUCCAUUAAGUUUUCAUUUUUCAUGUUCUGUUGAUAUUUCCUCUUACAUUAAGUCUUCAAAAGAAAUUAAAGAAAUUGCUGAUAUUUUGAUAAAUAUUGUUAGUGAUGUUGCCAAAUAUAAUUGGAUAUAA